AAAAUGGAAUAAUUAAAGCAGCAAAUACUUUUGAACUUGAUAAAGUAGUAGAAGGUAUUUUUGAUGAAUUUGAUUUGUCAAUAUUGUUUGUUUGUCUUGCAUGCAUAGAGUCUUUAGCAGUUAGAAGAGGGAUGUUAUGUAUGUUUUCUGUGGAGUUAGAAGUUGAGAGAACAAUGUUAUCUAUUUUCAUGUUGACAGUUUUCUUUUUUAGUGUUAGAUGUUUGGUUGUUGUUAUUAGUG